CGCAGGGCGGGUCUGGAGGUGGAGGCGAUUCCGGGCUCGCCCCUCCCUGAGGCCCAGCGGAGCCCCACCGGGCUUUGUGGGGGGCAUCCCAGAACCACCUGUCUUCCCUUUCGUCUGCCCGCUGCUCUCGAGACUCCGGGCGCCCCCGGCGGCGCGCACCUGCUGGAACCUUAGCUUCUAGAUGCACGUAGAGCGCCGCUUCCUGUGGGAGGAGACGGGGUGUGUCCAAAAGAGAGAGCGGGCGAUUGUUUCCUUAAUUAACCUCGAAGCUCAUGUCAAGAGUGUUGUUUAAUUUUAAUAGCAAACCUCUCAGCGUGCAAGUGUUAUAAGAUUUGGUUUACCAGAUAGUGGAUGCACUGGAUCAGCUUUUCUGAACGGCAGGUGUAGGAGGAGGUGCUGUUCAAGUGUAGGUGUACAUCUAGACCUCCAGAGCCAGAGGGAUAAACACGCCGGAGAAAAAUUAGGAUCGAAGACAUCAAAGCCACAAAAGACUAUUACCAGUGAUGAAAAGUAGUUGGUGAAAUCUGUGACAUGGUCAGAAAAGAAAAAAAACAAUAAAGCUCAACCGCUGGGUAGGGUGUCCUCAUGACUUCUCUUGUGGACCAUGUCCAUGAUCCUCUUUGCCUGUGUGGUAAGGGUGAGGGAUGGAUUGCCCCUCUCUGCCUCCACUGACUUUUACCAUACCCAAGAGUUUCUGGAAAUCAGGAGACGGCUCAAGACUUUAGCCUUGCGACUGGCCCAGUAUCCAGGUCGAGGUUCUGCACAAGGACGGGACUUCAGUAUACACUUUUCUUCUUCAGGGGAUGUGGCCUGCAUGGCUAUCUGCUCCCACCGGUGUCCAGCAGCCAUGGCCUUCUGCUUCCUGGAGACCUUGUGGUGGGAAUUCACAGCUUCCUAUGACGCCACCUGCGUUGGCCUAGCUUCCAGGCCGUAUGCCUUUCUUGAAUUUGACAGCGUCAUUCAGAAAGUGAAGUGGCAUUUUAACUAUGUGAGCCUCACUCAGAUAGGGAGCAGCUUAGAAAAAAUUCAGGAGGAGCUGGAUGUCCAGCCUCCAGCGGCUCUCACGCUGGAGGACACAGAUGUGGCAAAUGGGGUGAUGAAUGGCCACACGCGGAUGCACUUGGAGCCUGCUCCCAGUUUCCGGAUGGAACCAGUGACAGCCCUGGGUGUCCUCUCCCUUGUUCUCAACAUCAUGUGUGCUGCUCUGAACCUCAUUCGUGGAAUUCACCUCGCAGAGCACUCUGGACAGGUCGCCCAUGAGGAAAUUGGAAAUAUUCUGGCUUUUCUUAUUCCUUUCAUAGCCUGCAUUUUCCAGUGUUACUUGUACCUGUUCUACAGCCCCGCCAGGACGACGAAGGUGGUGCUGAUGCUGCUGUCCAUUUGCCUGGGCAACGUGUACCUGCAUGGGCUGAGGAACCUCUGGCAGAUCCUCUUCCACAUAGGAGUGGCUUUUCUGUCUUCACACCAGAUACUGACGAGGCAGCUUCAGGAGAAGCAGUCUGACUGUGGGGUGUGAGGAACGGACCUUUGAUGUUCCUGUCAGGGUCAUCUGUGUUUCCCUUCUGGCUUCUCCACUCCACCUCAAGUUUCCAUCCAUUCUUGAAGUUCUUUUCCACCAAACUGGCUGAUAGUGAGACUUGGGGACUUCUCACAGGUGCAGCUGGAGGCAUGAGGUCGCCUGAUGCGCAGGCCCCGCUCUGCCGAGCUCUCCAGUUCAGCACGUUUGCUUCAGGCAGCGGACGCCACAGCUCAAGUCAGAAAGAGCGUUACUGGAAGAUCAGGAUGGAAUUAUUUUGGUCUUUUAAACGGAAUGAUGCAAUAAACCACUAGAUUCGGUAAAACCACCAGUUUUAAUGAUUGGCAGCUGUCUCUGAGGGACCACUUUCAAAUUCAUGGCAGCUUUUCAGUCUAAAUCUGACUUGAUUCGUUGUGUGUUGAAGGUCAGUGCAGAGGAAAUUAAAAACUAAAGAAUAUGGUUCAUGAAUAUAAGCAAGAUCAAUUUUGUUUACAUUUUUUGAUAACCUAGAAUAGUUAUCAAUAUGAUACUUUUAGAAUAGUUAAAUACAUUUUGGAUAUAAAUUGAAAGGGUAAGGACAGACUUAGCUAAGAAGAUGGUUAAGAAAGCUCAGUGUAUUUAAUUUAUAUAUAACUUUUUAGGGUGGUGGGACUUUGUGGGUACAGACGUUUUCUAUUUGCAGGGUAUAUCUGAAUAUUUAAAAAAUUAAUUGAACAACCAGUGCUACUGGGUCAUAAGCACAUAAGCAAGAGCAGAAAUGAGGAUUUCAGGAUUCCUUGCAGUGGCUCACAAACUGGAGACGGUGAGCCACAUGGAUUCCCACAGGCACACCUUACGGAUGGGGGUGGGGGGCUGCUGCCGUCAGCCUUGCACGUGGCAGCUGGUGCAUCAUUUUAAUGAUCACGAAUCCUUGGCCCUGUUCCCAGAAGACCUCCCACAUGGAUCGCUCCUGUACAUCUUUCCCAAUCAUCUUAAUUGGAUCAAGGGACUCAUUUUGUAUGAACAAGAGUUAAGUAGGGGUUAAAUUUUUUAAAGCUUUAUAAAUAUAUAAUUAACCCUGUGCUCUGAAAAGUAAGUUACUUUUCUUUCUCUCAUUGUCAAAUAUUGAUUGAUUAUAGUUUUCCAAAAAUAUGGGUCCGAGUCAGAUCCCUUAGGUAUCUAGUACCAUUCAGAAAGCCAUUUCGGAGGCUGGACCUUACAUUGUUCUUGGCAGAAGUCUGGAAUCUGAUGGCUCAACCACAGUUGCAUGGAAGAGUCUGAGUUGAGUUAUGUAGUCUUGAUAAGUGAAAAAAUCCCAUUUUGAUAGUUUUUAUAAGUUGAAAACCAUCGCGAGAGAUUUUGUGCACAUGGGAAAGUAAGACUUGUUUCGGGAAGUUCAGUUGUACCCCAUUAUUACUGGUGUCGUACUGUUACUGACUACCCUGGUAUCACUUUAAGAAAAACGAGUUUGGCCCUGGCUGGUUUGACUCAGCGGUUAGAGCGUCGGCCUGCGGA